CCCACUCCCCCAAAGAAGCCUCCGCGUCGAAAUCUGUCAGUAUCACCCACACAUCUCACCCCGUUGUCUUCUUCGUGUACUGGUACAAGUACAGGCGCCGGUACGCCUGGAUCGCUGACAGGCGCAUACGAAUACCUGUUCUUAGCACGAAGUGGGGUUCGCAGUCAUGGGGAUCUUGACACCCUUACUGCCGGCUUGAGUCUGGGUCAAGAGGAUUUUUUGCGAGUUGCUGAAGCUUCAGAUUACGUCCCGAUGAGAAUGCAGAAUCCUCGGCGUAAACUUAAGCGGCAUCCUGACGCAUCUAGUCGCGGCAAUGCAUCUGUGGCAACGCCUUUGAGUCCGACACACUACCAACAACCGCCGACUCCUGAGCAUCCACCACCAUCAGCGCUUCAGGCUGAAAAGAGCAUACAUGAACGUAUCAGGCCGCUAAGUCAGGAAUAUAAGCGUCGUUCGAUGCUAAAUUCGAUGGGCGGCGAGGCUCAUCGCGAGUGUGAAACAGAAACCGAAACUGACCCCCGUGAUUCAACGGGCGUUCCACUGGCUUCCCUGGGGGCAUCGAGCGGGUCGCUUUCGUCUAGCGUGUCUUUGUCUGAUCGAAGCGCCUCGACGGAUUGCGUGGAGGAGUUCGUUGGAGAUGUUCCUUUUGCAG